AGUACGAAGGGUGCUGGGGGUGCAGCGAAGACCCGAGGCUGGAGAGCCUCGGAUGCGGGAAGGCAAGCUAGAGCUGACCGCGUGCGGGAGAGGAGGCUACAGAGACCCUGGGACGGCACGCGGAGUAGAGUUGACUCGGUGAGAGGCCAGAACGAAGCGCAGAAAUGAUGCCCGUUGAACGUCUACACAGAUUUAAGCCAAGUGGUCAGUCUGACAGAGCAAAGCCUCAGGUCACGGUAAUAGGCGAAAGGCCGAAAGCUUCCCGCUGCCCGGGACAGAAAGUCAACAAGGGCAUCUGGAGUCGCCCCGGAGAGGCCGUUCCGCCCCGUGAGAGAAACAGAGCCGUUGACCAUGGUUGCAACGGGCAGUCUGAGCAGUAAGAACCCGGCUAGCAUUUCGGAGUUGCUGGACCGUGGCUUCCACCCGGGGAACCUACUAAAUGAUUUUGACUACUGGGAUUAUGUUGUUCCUGAGCCCAACCUCAACGAGGUGAUAUUUGAGGAGACGACUUGCCAGAGCUUGGUUAAAAUGCUGGAGAACUGUCUGUCCAAAUCAAAGCACACCAAACUCGGUUGCUCGAAAGUCCUUGUUCCUGAGAAACUGACCCAGAGGAUUGCUCAAGACGUCCUGCGGCUUUCCUCCACCGAGCCCUGCGGCCUGCGGGGCUGCGUUAUGCACGUGAACUUGGAAAUUGAAAAUGUAUGUAAAAAGCUGGAUAGGAUUGUGUGUGAUUCUAGCGUGGUGCCCACCUUUGAGCUUACCCUGGUGUUUAAGCAGGAGAACUGCUCAUGGACGAGCUUCAGGGAUUUUUUCUUUAGUCGAGGUCGCUUCUCAUCUGGCCUCAGGCGAACUCUGAUCCUGAGCUCAGGAUUCCGACUUGUUAAGAAAAAGCUUUACUCCUUGAUUGGUACAACAGUCAUUGAAGAGUGCUGAAAGGGAAGCACUGGAAAGGGUCCUUUUUAUGACUGGGUAAUAAAACUUCGCAGAGCUCCAUUACAGACAUUGUAGUUUGCCCUGGCUGCUCUUGGUAGGAAACCCCAAACUGUGUUCAUCUUCUUUCUAUUUCAUAUUCACGGCCACCCCAACUCAAGGGCUUAUCUGGGGACUUUUGAGAAAUGACCCACAAGAGAGUACGUUGUCUACAUUUAUCACAGUUUUUACAAAAUGGAAUGGAAUGGAAUAAGGAAAAAAAAAAGAAGCAAUGGACUUUAGUUUUUUAUUUGACUCCACAAGUUUUCCAGGUAGUCUUUUGCUACUAGACUGUAUAAACUCACUUUGCCUAGUCUGAUUUUCAUAUGGCUUUUUUUCUGUAAGUUUUCAGAGUGAUCCUUUCAAUCACAGAAUCUUAACUGAAUGAUGCUUAUCCCAUCAAAACUUGCAAAAGCUCAUACCACCCAUUUCCUGCCCCUACUCACAUGUUCUUAUACAGGAGGAUAGAAUUAAGUAGGUGAGCUUAAUUAAAACUUAACCCCGCGCCAAUGUGAAUAAAGAACGUCACAGGAAGAACAGAGUUACAUACUUCUCUGUCUCUCUGCAUCCUCUCCGCUCUUCUGUUUCAAAGAGGUGGCAAAAGCUUGAGCUACCAUUUCAGUAACCACAGUAUUGUUUUAAAUAACUUUAUGGUACAACAUAAGCUCAGUUUUUCUAGUUCUUAAGUAUUGAAUUUUACCUUUAGGAAAAUGCUGAUUUUUUUGCAUGAAGUUGAUUACUUUUCCAUUGAGUGAAUGGUGAAUGUGUAUAAGGACGGGAAGUGAGUUCCAGUUCCUUUCUCAUUCACUUGAUAAUCUAGCUUCUUUUGGCUUUUACAUUUGAUCUCAGAUGGACUAUCUCAUCAUGUCAGUGGCAUCUCAUCCUUGGCCUCUCCUGAAAACUAAAGGAACUCGCCUUAACCUGAAUCUUCAAAGGAGAUAGCUGCACACUACCACUUUUAAUUAUUAAGAUGGGUCUAUUUACAAAGUCUUCUUUGACCAUGGGUAUCUGGUCUAUAGUACAGACUAGAGAAUGAAAGUCAUGAUCUAGAUAACCAGUGCACACACCCAGCUUUCUUCAUCCUUGGAUACCUGUCCCUAUAGGGAACAAUAAAGGCCUUAUUUUUCUCUUGUUCCAACUAGCUAGAUCUUUAUCUUUUUUUAUGUUAAUGAGAGAACAUAGCCAACACAUUAUAAUGUUCAUCCAGGAAGACCUUCACAUCCUUGCUGUAGGUCAUGGAUAAGGAGCUUAUUCAGGUCUCCUUAGCACCAUUUUACAUACCUGAGGCCAGGGUUGUAGAGACCAUGGCUUCAUCCUGGUGUAAUUCAAAAGCAGGUGUACGGGGCUUCCCUGGUGGCGCAGUGGUUGAGAGUCCGCCUGCCGAUGCAGGGGACACGGGUUCGCGCCCCGGUCCGGGAGGAUCCCGCAUGCCGCGGAGCGGCUGGGCCCGUGAGGCGUGGCCGUGAGGCGUGGCUGCUGAGCCUGCGCGUCUGGAGCUUGUGCUCCGCAACGGGAGAGGCCACAACAGUGAGAGGCCCACGUACUGAAAAAAAAAAAGCAGGUAUGAUCCUGUUCCCAUAAAUGACCUAAAAUUUCACUAUUCAAAUCAGCAAGUGUUCUAACAAGUUGAAAUCUUCAAAUGCUUGGAAAGAUACCACAAAGCCAAUCUUACAGGACUGGGCCAGGAUAAGUCAAGCUUGUUUUGCAUGUCUAUUAUUGUCCAGGGCUCUGAAGGUCACUGUAAUUCUGUGGGUGAGGAGUCUCUGGCAUGGAUGUAGAACUGUUGUCCUUUUUCCACUAAUAGUUGUCUUUGACUCUCUUGUCUUUUACACUCACAAAAUAGUGGUGACUUAUAGAGACUCUUAAGUUAAUAUUCCUGUUAAAGGAAAUUAAAGUUUGUCUAUUUUUGACAAUAAAGCAUCAUAUAUUUUUAA